CCCACGAUUCAGAAAUUACGUGGCAGGAAGCAGAUGGCGCUGAUCACGUACUCAUUUGUACUGGCAGAAAACUACUGCUUACUUCCUGUUUCCAUUUCCCUGCUGUCGCUUGAAAAUUUGCUAUCGACAUGAUCGCUCUGAGCGGCCAUGUCGCGGCGGCCGCCAUAAGGGUAACGCCACCGUUAUGCCGUCUACUUACCUUCUGUCGACUGUACACCAACGUCUCUGCAGCUCAGCCGCAGCUCGACCCCGAUUACUACUAUUAUUACAGCAACAGCAGCAGCAAUAACGACAAGUGUACUUGUCCAACGGCUGAAACGAAAAGUUCGGUUCCAAAAAGAGGAGUACAGUGGGCGUUCAUAGGAUAUCCACUUGUCAAGAAGCGCGUCUACAUCGAAACACUCUCGAAGCUUCUGCAAGUUCCGUACAUUUCCAUGGCUAGCCUCGUUCGUCAAGAGCUCAAUCCUGGCACCUCUCUUUAUAAACAGAUUGCAAAUGCUGUGAACCGUGGCCAACUUGUUCCAGAGGAUAUAAUGUUUGGUUUGCUGUCAAAGAGAUUGGAAGAUGGGUAUUACAGAGGGGAAACUGGUUUUAUUCUUGAUGGAAUUCCUCGUUCCCAAUUACAAGCUGAGAUUCUUGAUCAACUUACUGAGAUUGAUUUGGUUGUAAAUUUUAAAUGCACUGAUGAUUUCUUGAUAAAACAUCAAGAAGAAGGUGCCUGGAAAGCUAAACUCCAAGCUUAUGUUGAACAGAGCAAGCCACUUGAAGAUUAUUACAGGAAACAGAAAAAGCUUCUCGACUUUGAAGUAGGCACAGCACCUGGAGAGACUUGGCAGGGGCUUGUGUCUGCAUUACACCUGCAACAUGUUAAUGCCCUGUAUUGCUCAAAGAAUCUGACUGCGGGAUACACAUUGCUUUAAUCCAUUUUUACGAUUAGGUAUUGACUUUAGUGCAAAUACAAGUAAUGUGAAUAGCUGUAUUAGGAGAAAAAUGUCAACCGUGAUUUUAACAUAUAAAAGGCACCUUUCUGUAGAAUUCCUACAUCUUGUUUUCUGUUGAAUACCUUGUAAGCAAUUUUGAAGAAGAAAGCCUGUCACGUAUGAGCUCUUCCCCAGGAUCAGCUUGAGAAAACCAGCUUUAUGAUAUGUACCAAUUAACUUGCUUCACAGUUGUAAUCAAUCAAUUGUAGCCCCAAAUGUUGGUAGAAAUGUUUUAGCUUUUAUGCUUUUGAGCAUGGUUCUAGUUACAUAAUUUAGGUUACUGACUUAAGAAUUGGUUGUAUUUGUAUAUUCUCCAAGUAAUAGCAUAGUGUUCGCACAUGCGUGUAUUUGCUUUA